CCUCAAUAAAUUUAUCAAAAAUUCUACAAUUUUAACCAGCAGACGAGGACCUCUAACGACUAUAUUAUGUAGCAGCUUUUUAGGCCGGGAAGUUAAUCUAACGCCGGGAAAACAACUUUCAGGCAAAUCAAACAUUCUUUGCCAACGCCUGAAAACAAAUUUUAACUCGCGACAAAUGUUUCGUUUAAAACGCUGCAGAAAUCUUGUCUUGACCUCAAGAAUCUGGUUGCUAUAAAACCUCGAUAUCUUUAGAUCCACUUUUCGCUGACUGUGAAUGAUUGAAGCGGCAGCUGUAGGGAGAGUGAUUUCGAUUCGCCUCAUUUAAAACAAAUUUCCUCUGUUAGGGUUUCGUAAUAUUUUUUCUGCAAACUCUGGCUAUUUUUUCUGACCGGCAUCGUUGACAAUACAACACAAUUUGUGGAGAACCAAGAUUGGCUUUAUAACUGCACUUCGUUUGCUGGGCAGAUUGGUAUAAAUUCAAAUCGCCAUCAUGCUUUCCUUCAAAAUGAAUGACCGCAAAAAAAUUGGGAUGGGCCUAACAGGCUUUGGUGUUUUGUUCUUUUUCUUGGGAAUUAUCUUCUUCUUUGAUGAGGGUCUACUGGCAAUGGGAAAUAUCCUCUUCUUGGCAGGCGUUAUGUUAACAAUUGGUGUGAAGUCAACGGCACAAUUCUUUAUGAAACGCAGCCAUUACAAGGGAUCCAUCUCUUUUGUGAUUGGAUUCUUCUUUGUUCUUAUUGGAUGGCCUGUCAUUGGGAUGAUAUUGGAAACCUAUGGCUUUAUUUUUCUCUUCAGUGGUUUCUGGCCUACUUUUGUGGUAUUCUUGAACAGGAUUCCUGUACUCGGUUGGGUAUUCCAACUACCAUUCAUUAAAUCGCUAUUUGGCUCGAGGCAGAGAAGGGUGCCAGUGUAAUUUGAUAUGUUGAAUCAUGCAUGGUUUGGUAAGGAGAAAAGACACUCGAGAAUCACACAUGGUUCUGUAAGGAUCAAAGAUAGUUGUUUCAUUAUCUUUAUCUGACUAAUAAAAAAUAAUAAUCUUAGCUUUCUGCUCCAAGUUCCUCUGGGACCACAGCGCAGUUGAGUAAAUAUUUCACAGUUCAGAAUUCUGGAAGUUUUAUACAAAGUUGGUUAUAUUGUAUUAUAUGGUCUUCCUGCAGGAGGAACUUGGUUUCUAAGAAAUUGGUUAAUUGUUCCUGUGGACUUGAUCAGAUCAACUGUGUGACUGAUUCAUCUAGGUUGUACUAUGGUUAUAGUUUCGUAUACUGAACAAAUUUACAUCAGUUUCAAUUUUUGUAAUCUUCUGGACUGGACAGCCUCAUGUUCCAAACGUUUUACAAUGAGACUUACCAUUGUUUUUAAUAUCAUCAAGUAAACGUGUUGCUUCUAAAUUGCAAAAAAAGGUUGAUAUGAUCAUUGCAGUAUCUUGCACUGAGGAAUAGUCUCCUUUCCGAAAGUCAAUGUUUUUAAGGAUCACAUCAACACCACAUGUAACGUCUGAUUAGCUUUGUAAAUAAAUUUUUUGGCGUAGAUUCGGUUGUAUCA